UUAACGCAUCCCUCAUGUUCUUUCUUUUGAUCUCUCUCUUCAUCUCUAUCAAUCUUCCCACAUCUCGGGGUGCUGAUAAUGAUGUUCGCUUCACAAACUGCACAAAUAACUCCUUUAGCUGUGGAUUCAUUUCCAAGCUCGCAUAUCCCUUCUGGGGAGAAAACAGAGCCGAGUACUGUGGACUUCCUGAUUUUCAACUCAAAUGCGAAGCCAAUAUCCCAAAGAUAAUCACACAGUCCCUCACAUAUCGAAUCCUUGAUCUGAACUCAACUUCACAGACUCUUAGGGUUGCUAGGGACGAUUACUAUGACACUAUCUGUCCAAGCCGUUACAAAAACAACACCUUUGAUCCAACAUCAUUCAAAUACGUAGAAUCAACUAAGAAGCAGGAUUUGCGAGUCAAGGCUACAAUAGGAAUAUCAGUUGGAAUUGGUGGAACUGCUCUAAUCUCUGGUGUGAUUAUUUACAUUUACAAGAAGUACUUGACAGUUGAAAAACAUAAAAUCUUGAAAGAGAUGGGAGUGAGAAACUAUGGCCCUUUGGCACUAAGGCAAUAUAGUUAUUCAGAAGUGAAAAGAAUGACAAAGUCAUUUUCAGACAAAUUAGGUGAGGGAGGAUAUGGUGUUGUAUAUAAAGCAAGCCUACCUAAUGGUCGUCCUGUCGCAGUGAAAGUAAUAAAGGAAUCUAAAGGAAGUGGAGAAGAAUUCAUGAAUGAAGUUGCAAGUAUUAGCAAAACUUCUCAUGUCAACAUAGUCACUCUUCUUGGAUUUUGUUAUGAAAGGAGGAAAAGAGUACUAAUCUAUGAGUACAUGUCAAAUGGUUCGUUGGAUAGCUUCAUCUAUAACAGAGGAUCUCUGAAUGCUUUUUGUUCUUUAGAGUGGAAAGUAUUGUUCCAAAUUACUAUUGGCAUUGCUCAAGGGCUUGAGUACUUGCAUAGGGGCUGUAACACAAGAAUUUUACACCUUGAUAUCAAACCCCAAAACAUUCUUCUAGAUGAAGAGUUUUGCCCAAAAAUAUCUGAUUUUGGGUUAGCUAAAUUAUGCCAAAAGAAGGAGAGUAUUGUGUCAAUCUUGGGCCCAAGAGGUACAAUAGGAUUUAUUGCACCGGAAGUAUUCAAUAGAGCAUUUGGUGGAGUUUCUCACAAAGCUGAUGUUUAUAGCUAUGGCAUGUUGGUCAUUGAAAUGGUUGGAGGAAGGAAGAAUUAUGACAGCGGAGGAUCACAUACUGAAGAAAUGUAUUUUCCAGAUUGGAUUUAUAGGGGUCUUGAAAAAGGUAAGCACCCAGCUAGUUCUUUGGCAAUCACAGACGAAGAGAAUGAGUUGGUAAGGAAAAUGACAUUGGUGAGUUUAUGGUGCAUUCAAUUAAAUCCUUCAGACAGACCAGUUAUGAGUAAAGUGGUAGAAAUGUUAGAAGGACCCCUUGAAUCAUUAUCCAUUCCUCCUAAGCCAUCCUUGCAAUCCCCUACAAGAUCACCAUUACGAUUCUCAUCAAAGGGUUCAUCCGAUGAAAUCAUUCAGACAAAUUCAAUAAGCACUUAACUUACAUAAAUCUACUUGAUGUUGUGCUGGGGAGGCCAAUUCAUUUUCUAAAUUGGUUGACCUUGUUAUGCUUAAAAGACAGGUGACUUCUGUGCGACUUGUACAAAGAGUUAUAAGUAUAAGCUCUUAGCUGAUAUAAUCAGCCUGCUGCUAAGAUCAAUUUAACUGCAUGUAUCUCUAAUCCAUGGAAAAUUUCCAAUUGUUGCUUCCUUGCCUGUUUAUAUGAGAAGCAAUACCUAAAUGGU